AUUCUUAACUUUAUAUUAAAUAUUAAGAUCUUACUUAUUAUUAAUAAUGCCUUCUCAUACUUAUGUUCAAUUGCCUUUAUCUCGUCGUAUUAAGGUUUUAGUCAAGCACCCGCAAUUCUUAUGGUUUAUCGGUCAUAGUGUUCUUCUUCUUUUUUCUCUACGGUAUCUUAUUUCUUACAUGACAUUUUCAUCAAUUCACCAUGUUUUUUCAUAUCGUUGUGCUUUCCUGGGAGCAAUUUUGACAUAUAGUAUUGUUGUUUACAAGACGUAUAUGAAAACAUAUACAAGGAGCAAGAUAGAAUUUGGGGUUUUAUUGCGUAUUUGGCUAGAUGAGAAUGUUCAAUAUCUUUUGUUAGCAAUAGUAUGGUUUUUAUCGAGGCCGGUAGCAUUAAGUUUAACGCCAUAUAUGAUAUUUUCAUUAUUUCAUUUUCUUACAUAUUUGCGGUCGAAUGUAUUACCAACGUUAAAUCCUAAUGCGCUUAAACCGGAAGAAAAUUGUAUAGAAGCUAGUGUAUGUAGAUAUAUUCAAUUUCUUAUCAAACAACAUUAUGAUUCAGCAAUGAAGCUUGUAUCUAAGGUAGAAGUGAUAUUGAUAGGAGCUCGUGUUUUAAUUGGAGCAUUUACGUUUCAAAAUUCAUUUACAGUUCUUUUAUUUUAUGCUUUCUUUAUACGUUAUCGUUAUUUUACAUCAACGUAUACAAGACAGACGUUUGUUCAUAUAUCUAUUUAUAUUGAUCAUUUGGUGGCAGAUAGUCGAGUUCCAAGAUCAGUGCGCAAUUCAUGGUUUUCUAUAAAAAAAUUUAUUAAAGAUUAUGCAGCACGAUCUUUUAUAAAUGCUCCAUCUGAACCAUUGAAUAAUAAGGAAUCUCAUAAUAAACAACAAUAGGUUAUGUUUUGAGAUUGAUAUUUUUUUAAAUAAUUUGAAUAUGUA